AUGGAAAUGCAAGAUCCGCAUGUGGGCUCGCAUGAUGUCGUGCCACCAUUCCACCUUCAUGAGCUGAAACAAGCGAUCAAGAACUUGCGGCAUGGCAAGGCCGCAGAUUGCAAUGGGCUGGUGCUGGAGAUGUUUUCGUUUGCAAGUGAUAACCUAUUGACGUGCUUGUUGGGUUUGUACAACAAGGUGCUAUCGACCGGUUAUGUGGAGCAGUCAUGGAAAAAUACCGUUUUUACCAUGCUGCCUAAAGCGGGCGACAAGUCUUUGGUGCAGAACUGGCGUCCGAUUGCGGUCCUCAAAAUUACGUACAAAAUUUUUUCCAAGCUACUAUUGGGACGCUUGGCUCCUUUGAUGUGGGUUCCUGGGAGUAAUCACGGCAUCGAAAUACUUCAGCCGAUUACGAACUGCAAUAUGUUUGUUCUGCAGAACGUGCUUGUGUUUCAUGAACUUCCCCCAAGCCACUUGUGA